AUGGAAAAGAAAACAGAAAAGAAAACAUCGAACUUGGAAUCGAAUAAAACAUUGAAGCAGGCCAUAUCCAUAUCCGUUGAUGCCAUUGUGAAAAUCAAGGCCAAAAAGAGGAGCGCUAAGGAGGAAGCCGAGAAAGUGGCUGGAGAGGUGGGGGAGGCCAGGAAACGGCCUUUGAGCCAAAUGAGCGACGCGAAGAGCCACCGUCUGCCGAAAAUGACCGGAGAGAAACCCGCCGUACCAUUGGCUUGGAGUUGCUCUUCCGGGGAGGGAUCGGUGCGGCUAGCCCCCCACUCUGCCAAGGAUGAGAAGAAGCCGGCCGAGCAGCAGGCCCCGCCGAAGAAACAUCGCAAGCGAGACUCGUCCAAAGUCAACCCGAGGGAUCCCUGCAAACAGGCGCCCAAAAAGCAGUCCCAGCUGUUCGAGGUGCCCAUUGUGCCGCCGAAUCUGGAGACGUUGCCCAAAUACAGCCGCUACGCCCAGGAGAAGUUCCUGCUGCCGGUGGCCAUUCGGGGCAAGAAGGACCUGGGCAUCAACACGUUGGGCAGCAAUCUGGCCAAGCUGAGGGUUUGGGUCUCCUCGCGCCGACCCAUCAUUGUGGUGCCCCAGGCGGUGACCAGCCUGAUCACGUUGCACAACGCGAAGGAAGUGCUGCAGCAUAUGCACUUCGUGCAGAGUCCGUUGGAUGCCCCACCUCCGGAGGAGGUCGUCAUUGAACGCGAUUUUCCGAAUGGCAAAACCCGGGAGUACCGGAUCAUCGAUAACGUGUCGAAACUCUGCACCGACGAGUGGCAGCGUGUGAUUGCGGUCUUCGCCCUGGGCCCCCACCGCCAGUUCCGGGGCUGGCCCUGGAAGGGCGAUCCCGCCGUCAUCUUCCGCAAGGUGUGCGUCUUUCACUUGCACCACCAGGACGUGGGCGUGCACAAGGAUCUGCUGGAGAUGGCGGUGCAUCCGCUGGAAAUCUCCAAGAACGAGCCGCACACGCACGGCGGCAUAUUGAAGGAGUUCUGGGGCACGUUGGACGAGUACGUUCGCACCCAGAGCCAGUUUUCGUUUCUGCUUGAGGAGGGGGCUUACUUUGCCCUGGGGUGCAUUCCAUUCUAAUUGUUUGCCUUGUUUGUAGUUCUAAAAAUUGAAGCAAAUAAAUAGAAGAUUCAGAUUGCAGUGCCCCCACGCUAG